CCGCGCCGAGGGGCGGGAGGCAGCCAUGUCGCUAUUGUCUCGGGCGCUGCCCGCGCUGCGGCUCUAUUGCAUCGGCCUCGCCGUCGCCCUGCACCAGCUGCUGCGCCGCCUCCGCCCCGGCGGGGCCCCCGCGCCAGGUACUCAUUAAUGAGUGAAGGAUCAAAAGGUGGGACGGUGGCCAAGAAGCAAUGGAGAAUAAAAGCUUAGAAGGCUCGCCAUCAGAUCUAAAGUUAGUGGCUCAUCCAAGAGCAAAGAGUAAAGUAUGGAAGUACUUUGGGUUUGAUACUAAUGCAGAAGGAUGCAUAUUACAGUGGAAGAAAAUCUAUUGCCGCAUCUGCAUGGCCCAAAUUGCCUAUUCAGGAAACACGUCCAACCUUUCAUACCACCUUGAGAAAAAUCAUCCUGAUGAGUUCUGCGAAUUUGUGAAAAGUAACACUGAACAAAUGAGGGAAGCGUUUGCUACUGCAUUUUCAAAACUGAAGCCAGAAUCGUCACAGCAGGUUGUUCAAGACACUUUAAUUAUGAAAACCAGCCACAAUUAUGAAAACAAAAAGCAUCAAGAACUGACUUCUGCUGUGAUUAGCCUAAUUUGUGAGGGCAUGUAUCCUUCCUCUAUUGUUGAUGAACCCACAUUCAAGGCACUUUUGAGAACAGCUGAUCCUAGAUAUGAACUUCCUAGCAGGAAAUAUUUCUGCACAAAAGCAAUUCCUGAAAAAUACAAUGCUAUUAGAGAAAUUGUGUUAAAAGAACUUACUGAAAUUCUAUGGUGUGGCAUAUCCACUGACAUGUGGAGAAGUGAAAACCAGAAUAGAUCGUAUGUAACACUUGCAGUUCAUUUUCUCAACAGUAACCCUUCUAACUGUCUGGCUGUUAACUCCCGGUGUUUAAAAACGUUUGAAGUGCCAGAGGAAAAUACUGCAGAAACUAUUACACGAGUCCUUUAUGAAAUCUUUAUUGAAUGGGGGGUCAAUACAAAAGUCUUUGGUGCUACAACAGAUUAUGGUAAAGACAUUGUGAAAGCUUGCUCUCUCCUAGAUAUUCCAGUACAAAUGCCUUGUUUGGGGCAGACUUUUAAUGCAGGAAUACAACAAGCUUUUCAGCUUCCAAAACUGUGCAGCCUUCUUGCCAGGUGCCGAAAACUGGUGGAAUAUUUUCAGCAGUCCACGGUAGCAAUGUACAUGUUAAGUGAGAAGCAGAAGCAACAAAAUAUUCUGCACUGUAUGCUUGUAAGUGAUCGUGUUUCCUGGUGGGGAAGCACACUUGCCAUGUUGCAACGUCUUAAAGAACAGCAGUUUGUAAUUGCAGCAGUUCUUGUGGAGGACAGCAAUAACCACCAUCUGAUGUUGGAAGCCAGCGAAUGGAAUACAGUUGAAGGCUUGGUGGACCUACUGCAGCCCUUUAAACAGGUUGCUGAGAUGAUGUCUGCUUCAAAGUAUCCAACAAUAAGUAUGGUGAAACCCCUCCUCCACAUGCUUCUAAAUACCACGUUGAACAUCAAAGAGAAUGAUUUGAAAGAAAUUAGCAUGGCCAAGGAAGUGAUAGCCAAAGAGUUAUCAACAACAUACCAGCAUACACCUGAGAUAGACAUGUUUCUCAAUGUUGCAACUUUUCUGGACCCUAGGUACAAAAAACUACCUUUCCUUUCAGCAUUUGAACGGCAACAGGUAGAAAACAGAGUGGUGGAGGAAGCAAAAAGCCUUUUGGAAAAAGUAAAAGAAAACACUUUCAGGCCCGAAGAAAAGUUCUUUACAGUAUCAGAAGAGCCACCUGUGAAAAAAAUAAUCAUCUCGUCUACCCCUCCCCCUACCAGUGCAAUCAAUAACAUGCUUGCGGAAAUCUUUUGCCAGACAGGAGGGGUGGAAGACCAAGAGGAAUGGCAUGCUCAGAUUGUGGAGGAAUUGAGCAACUUUAAGUCACAAAAGGUUCUUGGUCUAAGUGAAGACCCCCUUAAGUGGUGGUCUGACAGACUAGCAUUAUUUCCUGUUUUACCAAAGGUUCUUCAGAAAUAUUGGUGUAUUCUCGCCACAAGAGUCUUCCCUGAACGCCUUUUUGGUUCCUCUGCUAAUGUUGUAAGUGCUAAGAGAAACCGGUUAGCCCCAGCUCAUGUGGAUGAGCAGAUCUUUUUGUAUGAAAACACUCGCAAUGUGUCUGAAGCAGAACCUGAAGAUGAGGAUGAAGGCGAGUGGGGCUUGGAACAGGAACAGAUUUUUAAUUUAAAUGACACAGUAAAUGUAAGCAGCAAUUUCUUUAAUAUCCGAGACAGUGGGUUCGUUUAACAGGAAUACUAUGGUACAUUAAAUAACAAAGAAAAGGUAUUUGUCUUAAGUUACCAAAAUUAUUCUGUUUGAUGCUAUGAAUACUGUAAAUAUUGAACAAGCGUAACAGACUUGGUUUAAGCUUCCAUUGUAUGUCUUGCCUACUAUCUUAAAACAUGAAUGACUUGUGAUUAUACAGCACUGAAAUGAAAAAGGAAGUAAUUCUGCAAAGUCCAUGACUCCUGACUCUGGCCCCAAUUUCAGGAAAGCACUUACGCAUGUGUUUAAUUUCCAUGUACUUCAAUGGGACUUGAAUGCGCUUACGUGCUUUCUGUAAUAGGGGUGUUUUUCUGAAUUUGGACCCUAAACAGAGACGUUUUAAAAAUGUACAAAUCCACUUCUGAAGCCAACAUGGAUUAGGAUUUUGAAGUUUAAAUUCCUAAAUUUAAAGCUGAUUUUAAAACCCAUAAGUCAGAUCUUCAGAGACUCUGACAAAAAUAUUAGGAAGAAACUAGACAAUAAAUAACUUUUGAGCCUGAUUUUUUCACUACCUCAUACUUUUGGCCUCGUCUACACUACAAGUUCUGCCGGUAUAACUACGUCAAUUAGGGGUGUAUUCUCACCACAAUUGACAUACAGGUAUAGGCCCUAGUGUGGAUUCAGUGAUACUGAUGAUAGCUUUUUUUUGCUUCCCAAACCAGAAUAAGCUAUAUUGGUAUAAGCACUUUUAUGCCAUUAUAACUGCAUCCACACUGGGGGACGUUUUGUCACUUAGUCAUACUAGUAUAGUUAAAGUGGUAAAACUUUCAAGUGUAGACGAGCCCUUAUGUCACUCCUUACAUUUAUACUAAGUAGGUGGAAAUCACAACCACAUCAGAAUUGUGGCAUUUUACGUUCACUUUGUGUGAGUCUAAGACAGUGGUUCUCAAACUUUUGUACUGGGGACCCCUUUUACACAGCAAGCCUCUGAGUGUGACCCCCCCCCCCCCUUAUAAAUUAAAAACACUUUUAAAUAUAUUUAACACCAUUAUAAAUGCUGAAGGCAAAGCGGGGUUUGGGGUGGAAACUGACAGCUCGCAACCACCCAGGUAAUAACCUUGCGACCCCUGAGGGGUCACGACCCCCAGUUUGAGAACCCCUUGUCUAAGUGGUGGCUACACAAGGUGCAAAGCAGCAAAGAAUCAGGCCCCUGAAGGAUGGGGGAAGUAGGGAGAUUGGAAAACGGCAAGGACCAUGUGUGUUUUUAUUUGUUUUUAUACAAAUUGUUUUAAUUUAAAUUGGGACUUUGUCCAGGGAGUUAGAAAGAUCUUUGAUAGAAAGAGCCUUUCAAAAAAUUAAGCUUUAAUUUUGUGUAAAUGUAUUUAAGCAGGAAAAAAAACCCUCACACAAGUUGUUAGACCUUGAUAAUGAUUCCUGUCAUAUCAGCACUUACAAACUUCCUUUUCCCCUGCUUCCCUUUAGAGUCAGUCUGUAGAGGGCUUUGGUCUGUCCCAUCUCAGUACUAGUUCUGAUUAAUCGUUAUGUGUACUGGAGUAGCUCCCCCUGUGUCUCUAUGCCUAAAUAUUUUAAGUCUUUCUGAAUAUUUAGCAAAAUAAAAUAAUAAAAUAUAAUGUAUCUCUUAGGAAGAGCUACAUGUCUAAAACAAGUCUAUAGUCCACUUUUUGGGUGAGAGUGGGGAGGCAGCCAGCAUAUUUUGCUUAUGAAUAGGGGGAUUUUUGGAACUACCAUAUUAUAGGCAAAGUUUUUUUCUUUUUUUUCCCUUUUUUCAUUUCCCAAUUGGAAACGUUCUGGGAAUAUCACUCUUACUGAAUAGAAUACAAAUUCUCAUUAGUCUACAAUGUAGCAUCGAAGGUAGAAGUGGGAUGCCCCCUGAAAGUCUUCAGAGUAGCAGCCAUGUUAGUCUGUAUUCGCAAAAGAACAGGAGUACUUGUGGCACCUUAGAGACUAACCAAUUUAUUUGAGCAUAAGCUUUCGUGAGCUACAGUUCACUUCAUCGGAUGCGUUCCCUGAAAGUCUGUGUAUCAUGUGAUGUUGGAAAUCAUUCAGCUGUUGCAGAGAUCAGAGACAUUCACUCUGUUGUACUAGUCUCACUGACUAUGGAUGUGUACAUAUAGCACUCAGAUACUGUGAUGAUGGACAGCAAUAUAAAAUGCUAACACAGAACAUGUACGUGUGUGUGUCUGUGAUUGUCUUAUGCAACACUGAUGUGAAGAGAUGUCCACCAGAGACUGUUCAGUGUAUUAUUAUGGAUGGCUAUUUGGAAUUCAUAAUCAUAGAUGCAUGGUUUUAUAAAGGGGCUGGUCAAAAGUAACACAAAAGUGAGAUUUACAGUGAUAUUUAAUAUGCUGUUUCACUUCUCCUAUCAAGCUGUAUAUGUUUACAUUUUGUUUUUACAGUUCUCACCAACCGAUGCACAGUAUGAUCAUUUGGCAGUAGGUGGGAAGGGGGAUUAGAAUCAUGAAACAAAUCAAAUGGUGUAAAUUAUCCCGCAGGUUUUAGUUAAUGAAAAAUGACUGUAAAUGGUGGUCUAACUUGUACAGACCUAGCAUUUAGGUGGCCCAAUUCUUCACUGCCCUGUCUCUUGUGUAAUUAUUUGUACUUCUGGAAAGUGUGUGUAAAAUACACCAUUCUGAUAUGGUAUCACCAUACAUCCACUUUGUCAGAUGUACAUGACUACAGAAGGUGCAAGGCUGUAGGAGAUUGGGCCCAGAGAAUGUGCAAAACAAGUGUACUUACAUGUGAAGGAAGCGUAGCAGAAUAAUUGAUUAACUGGAGGGAGGAAGUUAAAGCAAACCUCUUAGCUGAUUUUCCUUUUACACUUGUUCAGUGAAUAAGUUACAAAGCUUUUCACAUUGAAUGCCAAGCUGAUGUAACUUACACUACCACAUCAAUUUUAAGAGUAACUUUUACCGCGAUUUGUCACCUACUGAAUUUGUUCCUAAAGGAGCUGAAGCUGUUAAAUUGUGCUUAAUUUGUGCCAGGGCUGAUCCCCGGCACCUUUGGGCUUGCCACAUCAGGUAUGAAAGUAAAAAAAUUGCUUGAGACCCGACCCUCUUUCAUUAAAAAUUAAGCACUGUGUUAACGCCAGAGGUUUGAAUCUGCUCUUACACUACUGUAAUUAGGAGUAGCUUCACUGAAAUCAGUGGAGUUACACCAAUGGAAAAGAAAAGAAAAUCAGCCUCCCCAGGUCUGAAUUCAGCUAAUGUGUUUUGGUACUCUCCAGCCCUCAUUUCCACGUGGAGUGUCUGAAGGCUAAAAUUAUCAUGCAGUGCAGCCUGUUUUCUCCCCAAAUCGGUUUCAGCAAUACCAGUGCAAUGCACUGUUCUGCUUCUUCUGGCCUUUUAAUUUUUGGUAUCCAAAAUAAAAUUGUAAUUGGUUCAGUUGAUAUGUCUCGUUGUUCUAAGACAAAGCCAUUGUUAGUCCUACCCAUUGUCUGUGAGUUUUUAUUUAAUGUGCUAAGCUUGGAAUAUUGUUAAAUAAACCAGAGAAAUAAAUUAGCUACUAAUUUA